AUGUCGCUCGCAUCGAGAGCCUCGAGAGGGGCUGCUGCCCUGGCCCUAGCGCUGGCGGUCGCCCUCAGCGUCGCGGCGCAGGGCGCGCGCGCGGAGAACUUUAUCCGCAUCGUGAACGGCGAAUUCGUGGACGGCUGCGAGCAGUUCUUGGUGGCCGGCUGGAACCAGUGGGAGGUCAUAGAGGCAGCGGCAGGAGCGCCAGAACUCAUAGGUGCCUCGCUGCCCCCGGGCGAGUCUGGGCCUCGGAUGCUUCAGGACAUGCUUGACCUAGCAGUGGAGCACGGCUUCAAUUUGAUGCGGGCGUGGGCGCACUCAGUUUCGCCCCAGUUCGCCCUCCAGCCAUCGCCAGGAGAGUACAAUGAAGGGAUGUUCAGAGGCCUGGACUUCGCCCUUGAUGAGGCCCGCAAGCGCGGCAUCCGCGUUCUGCUGUCUUUCACCGACAACUGGCCGCCGUCAGGGGGCAUCGACGAGUACGUCUCGUGGAGCUCGACGGCUGAGUCGCACACCGACUUCUUCACAGAUGCCCAGACCAAGCAGAUGUACAAGGAUCACGUGCAGCAACUGAUCACCAGAGUGAACUCCGUCAACGGCCGCACAUACCGCGAUGACCCCACCAUCAUGGGUUGGAACCUGAUCAACGAGCCCAGGUGCCAGGGGUGCCCUGAGGCGGUGCAGGCUUGGAUUGAGGAGAUGGCUCCCUACGUCAAGGGGCUGGAUCCCAAUCACCUGCUGACGGUGGGUGAGGAGGGCUUUUACAGCACGAGCGGGAAGACUUGGGCCAAUCCCCAGGGCGCUGGAAGGUGGCCAGAAGAGGAAGGGCAGGACUUCAUCAACAACCACAGCCCGGAAGCAAUUGACUUCAUGUCGUUCCACAGCUGGGUGGACAACUGGGAAGACGUGACGGAAGAGUUCCAGCGGAGGUGGAUCCAGGAGCACACGGCGGAUGCGGUGCAGCUGGGCAAGCCGGUCAUCCUGGAGGAGUUUGGAAAGAUUGUGCAGCCAGAAGGCCCUUUCGAACCAGACCGGGUGAAAUUCUUUCAGAUAGUGUACGACGAGGUGCUGAAGCAGAUGGACGGGGGAAAGGGGGCUCUCAAGGGCGCGAACUUCUGGCAGUGGUAUGACGAAGGCCAAGUUGCUCCAGUGGAAGAGGGCGGUGGGGCAGGCCUGUACGGCAUCUUCGCCAGCGACGAGACCUUCGGUCUGAUCAAGGCGUUCACGGAUACUGUAAAUGGGAUGGGUGGAAACACGGUGGAGGGGUGUACGAAGGACCGCUCAAGCUCCGUGAAGAGCAAGGUCAAGGAGUGCAAGAAGAAGAGGGUGAAUGGUUUGGAAGGCACGGGAUAUGAGGGGCCCAAGUGCAAAAUUGACAUCAACGAAUGUGUGCGGGGAACGGCGGGGUGCCACGCCAAUGCGGGGUGCAUAAACACAGAUGGGGGAUUCACGUGCCAGUGCCAUCCCGGCUACGAAGGGGAUGGGCAGUCAGUGUGCGAAGAGACAGCGUCCCUGGCCGAGAUCCAGGCGCAGUACACCACUGCAGGCCCAGGCAUCCUGGCGUGCGAGGAAGGCGAAGACGUCCAGUACCCCAUCGGGGCUCCUGGAUUCGUAUACGACCCUACAGGGAGCGUGGAUUUGAACGAAUUUACGAAGGGUCAAUUUGGCUCCCGCGAGGACACGACGAUUCUCGACUGCCAGCUGGCGUGUGAAAUGGCGGAGGGCUGCGACUCCUUUUCUUUCAAUCCCACGCUGAAGCAGUGCUUCUUGAAGAGCUGCCCUUCACAGGACACCUGUGAAGGAGAAGAAACCAUUUGCACGUCUGAGGCCACCGGGGAGCAGUUCUCGUGUGGCAGGUGGCAGACAUACUUCCAUUCCGAGCGGCUCGGGACGGCAUGCUUGGCCAGCAACGGUCCCUGA